AUCGGACUUGGCAGCGUCUAUAAAGACGGCAGCCUCUCGGUCCCCGUCACUCCGUCCGUCCCAUCAUGUCUCUGCGUGUCCCCGUCCUGCUGCUGGUCCUGGCCUGCCUGGCCCGGCUGGGCUCGGCUCAGCCCGUCGAAAGCCAGGCCGCCGAGCUGCAGAAGGUGAAGGACGCUCUGCAGGAGCUGCAGGCCGAGAGGCUCGCGCUGAGCGAGCGUCUGCAGGCGGCUGAGAUGGAGCUGAAGAGAGUCCGAGAAACACCCAAAGUUGCUUUCGCUGCCUCGCUGGGAUCAAACGGCCUCGUCAAGACCACAACCGGCAACCAGGACCUCAUCUACAGGGACGUCAUGACCAACGUGGGCGGGGCUUACGACGCCCAGACAGGUGUGUUCACGGCUCCUGUUCGUGGAGUCUACUACAUCCGUUUCACCGCCAACGGCCCCACCGAUUUCCCCAAGAGCGCCGUGCUCUACAAGAAUGGCGCUGAGAUCCAGCUGAUCGCCCACGAGCAGCCGUCAGGCGCCGGCAGCGACACGGCGUCCAACGGCGCCGCCCUGCUGCUGGAGAAGGGAGACAAGCUGAAGAUGGUGCUGUGGCUGAAUACACAGAUCUGGGACAACAGCAACCGACACAGCACCUUCAGCGGCUUCCUGCUGUUCCCCCUGGUGGACGAGGCUCCGGCAGAGUUCGACGCUGAAGCCGAGCUGAAGAAUCUUCAGGCUUCACUGAAGAUUCUUCAGACAGAAAACCUGGGAGUGAAAGAGAGGCUGGAGAGCACAGAGAGGGAGCUGAAGGCCAUGAGAGACGAGCCGAAGGUGGCGUUCGCCGUGUCUCUGGGCGGAGACGGGCUGCAGAAGGUCACAGACAGAAGCAAACCCCUCAUCUACAAGACGGUCAUGACCAACAUCGGACAGAGCUACAACUCUGAUACAGGUGUGUUCACGGCUCCUGUUCGUGGAGUCUACUACAUCCGUUUCACCGCCAACGCCCCCACCGACUUCCCCAUGAGCGCCGUGCUCUACAAGAACAGCGCUGAGAUCCAGCUGAUCGUCCACGAGCAGCCGUCGGGCGCCGGCAGCGACACGGCGUCCAACGGCGCCGCCCUGCUGCUGGAGAAGGGCGACAAGCUGCACAUGAAGCUGUGGCUCAACACACAGAUCUGGGACAACAGCAACCACCACAGCACCUUCAGCGGCUUCCUGCUGUUCCCCCUGCCCGCCGACACACCCUCCGACCUCUCCCCUCGGGUCUGAGCAAGACUAAACCCACAGCUUUUAAACGUGACCUCGACACGGAGCUACGAACUCUUUAAUACGGUUUAACUUCUAAUAAAAAAAAUGAAUUUAAA